GUCAACUCCUCCAUCCUCCAUGUCUCUCUAUUUCUUCUUGUGUGUGAAUUGUGAUCUCAUCUUGAAGAGUUCAAAAAUAAAUGGAGGCUCAUCCUAAUUCUUCAAAAGAUGUUAUUAAUCUGCUUGACUUUGCUCCUAAUCUUGUUCCUGCAACAACCAUUUUACUAUUUUAGGUGUUUUUACGGCUGCCUCGAUCGCUGUUUUCUCCAUUUCAUGGAUUCUCUCUGCAGGGUUAUUUUCGAAGACAACAAAACUUGAAAAGUUGCUCAUAUGUUGGUUUACAUACAACGGUCUAUUGUGUAUGAUUUCUACAAGGACACGACCGGAUCUUUCUUGGCUGAAAUCUGUACGCCUCUUUGUUAUUCAUCAAUCAUCAUUUACUGCUCCCUCCGUUUUUUCAUUACAACACAUAACCUUUAACUUGUGCACUUGUUGAAUUUUAAAUCGAACUUAUGAUAUGUAUAAUACAAGUAGAUAACAUCAUCCCUAUUUAAAUAUGUCGAAAUAGUAAAACAAUACUAAUAGCUUGCCUUUAGAGAAUUGAAAUCUAAACAAUAAUGCCAAAGUAAAGGAAAUAAUCAUAUAAAAUAGUGUAUUUUAAUUAAAUUUGAGGAAUUGAUAUAAUAUCUGCAUAAACAGACACAUGCUAGAUAUAGAAUUAAAAUUACAAAUUAUUAAUAAUUAUGAUAUGAACACUCUAUAUUACUCCCUCCAUUUCUAAAUGUUGUAUCCAUUUGGAAUCUUGGGGGGUUUUUAAGAAAAAUAGAAUCUUGGUUUGUAUGGGUAUAAGUGUAAUGAUUGGGUGUAAGAGAAAUGAUUGUGUGUAAGAAUGUGUAAGAGAUUCUUUUUUAAAGAUUAAAGUAAGGAGAGAGAAAAUAUUAAAGAAUUAUGGGAAAGGGGAUAUUUUCAUUUAAUUAAUCAAAAAUCAGAAAAAAUCUGAUUGAAGUGGGGACCAAAGUACAUGAGGUGGAUUUAUUUCAUCCAAUGAGAUUACAGCAACAGAAAAAAACGGAGGGAAGACUUCCCAAAUUGGGAAAGUCCACUUCCCUUUUUACACUUCCCUCCAAAAACAGAAAUUUACCAAAAAGUUUUCCCUCCAAACUUUUUCCCUCCAAACUUUAUACAUUUACCACCCUUUAUAAAUAGGGGACAAUUUCUACCCAAAAACCCUCAUAAAUUCCAACUGUUUUAAUAUCAGUUACAACAACAAAAAACCAAAGGCAAUAAAUGCACUACAAUUAAUCAGCAAGGGGACAUUAAUGGCUUCAGAUCAAGAGGAGGACGAGUUCCUCGGUUUUUCCGAUGAUGAAGGAGACGGCACGAACUCUGAUUCAGAUUAUGAUGAUGAUGAAGCAACCCAAAAUGCUGUAAGUGAAGUAAAUGCUCAUCAAAUAGGGGACUUUGAGCAAAAUCAACAAUUGCCAGAUCUGAAUGAAGUGGGACAAGAAUAUGCACAAGAAUGUGAAGUGGGACCACAGCAUACAUCAGGUAUAUCAGAUAACCACUCAGUUCCAUUUUUGUUUGAUUUGAACAUGCCAACACAACAAGAGUUCCCACCAUCUCCAAUUCAUCAAACAGAAACAGAGCAAAAUCAUCAUAAGCCUAGAACCCCAAGGAUUAACAACGAAUUAAGGUUGGAAAUCUUGUUGUUCCUUCUCUUAAGAAAAGAAAAGCAUUCAGAUGAACUCAUUCAUGGGACAAAUAGGCAGGCUGUUAUAAAGUUUGGUUACACAAGGAAGACAAUUAGACUAAUAUGGCAGAGAGCAUUGGCACAUAAGGCAGCCAUGGAUUCGUAUUUCUAUGAUAGCAAAUAUCACAACUGUGGGAGGAAGAGAAUUCAAGUAACAUAUGAGUCUAUAGCCUCCAUAGCCAUGGGGGAUAGAACAACCAUUAUUGAUCUAGCAAGGAUGCUCAAUUUGAGUCCCACAACAGUUUGGAGAAUGGUGAAAAGAAAACAGAUAAAACCACAUUCAAGUCCAUUGAAUCCAGGCAUUUCAGAAGAAUGCAAGAUGGCAAGGAUGAAGUGGGUACUUGGUCUCUUAAUGGACUACUCAAUACCAAAUGAUCCCACAUAUUACAGCAUGUAUGAUUUCAUUCACAUCGAUGAGAAAUGGUUCUAUCUUACACAAAAAAGUCAAAGAGUUUAUUUAGCAAACAAUGAACCAUUUCCACACAGGAAGGGAAAAUCAAGAACUAAGAUUCCAAAGUUCAUGUUUAUGGCAGCAGUAGCAAGGCCAAGGUGGGGACAAGAUGGGCAGUGUGAGUGGGAUGGGAAACUUGGUAUAUUUCCAUUCCCAGAUGCAGUGGCAGCAAAGAGAACAUCCAAAAAUAGAGUCAAGGGGACAAUUGAGACUAAACCAAUCAAGUCAGUUAAUCCGAUUGCAACCAGGGCCAUGCUAAUCAACUACCUAAUCCCAGCAAUUAAAGAGAAAUGGCCACCACAUGAGGGGGAAAGGGUGAUAUACAUCAUUCAAGACAAUGCAAAGGCACACAUUUUGCAAAAUGAUCAAGAAUGGCAGCAACAUUACAAGCAAGAUGGCUUCACAUUGAUAUUGACUCAGCAGCCAGCAAACAGUCCAGAUUGUAACAUAUUAGACUUGGGGUUCUUUAGGUCAAUUCAAUCACUAAUGCACAAAAAGAUGCCUAAAACAGUUGAAGAUUUAAGUGGUGCUGUGACUGAGGCAUAUAAUGAACUGCAUGCAAAGACUCUAUCUAAUGUGUGGAUGUCACUUCAAUAUGUUGGAAAUGAAAUUUUGAAACACAAGGGGGACAAUGACUACCAACUCCCACACAACAAGAAAAAGAUUUUAGAAGAUGAGGGGAAUCUGCCAGAACAAGUUAAGGCCCCAAGGUGGGCUGUGAAUGAAUGCAAACAACUUGUUGAUGAAUGGAGAGCAAAUCAGUGAAGUAUAGAGCAAGAACGAGAGAUUACUUUUUGUGUUUUGGGAACAUGUUUUAAAAGUUACAAGAGCAAACAAAAUGUCACUUUUGUAAGCUUGAAUGAAAGCAUCACAUGUAUUUAAAACAUUUUGGAAGCAACAUAUCAACUGGAAGAAUGAAUGAAUCAAUUUGUUGUUGUUAAUCUUUAGUUUUUGUUCAUCAUACUCACAUAUUUGUAGUUAUUCAUGUACAUUGCAUAUUAACAUAUGAUUUCAGGAUUAUUCAAAAUCAUAAGGGAACAUGUACAUUGCAUAUUAACAUAUGAUUUCAGGAUAAGUCAAAAUCAUAAGGCAACAAUGCACAAGGCAAUAUGAACAAGACAGCAUCAACAAGGCAACAAUAACUAGGCAGCAAUGCACAAGGCAAUAUGAACAAGACAGCAUCAACAAGGCAACAAUAACUAGGUUAUCACAAUCAUAGUUUAGUUUUUGUUCAUCAUAUUCACAAUCAUGUUUCUUAUUUGUAGUUGUAAUUGAAACACAAAACACCAAUGUAAUGAGUCAGCCAUUCCUUAAACCAUUAAGGGGACAACUUUAUGUUUUCAAGGCAACACAUGAAUUCAUUUUCAAGCCAAGGCAAAGCAUGGGGACAUGUUGUUCUCAGUUUGUAUGUGUUCAUCAUCAUUGAAUCCUAAACUUUAAUAUCCUCCUCCCAAAU